AUGAAAAGUAGUAAUAACAAAGAAUGUCGAUUUAAAGAUAUACAUAAUAAAAAAAGCUCCAAAUACUUAGAUAAGAAAAAUAUUAAACAAGACCAAGGUGCAAAUAAUUUAUGUGAGAUAUUAUCAUCAGAUGAUAACAACGAAGAAUGUAAUAACAAAAUAAACGAUAAUUUUAUUAUUGUGGAACUUAUUUCUUAUUUAUGUGGAAAUUCAAAAAUUAUUUCAUUUUAUCCAAGUACUAAUAUAAAAAAUUCUGAUCAGAAUAAAUAUCUCUAUCAUUUUUAUAAAAAAAAAAAAGUAAAACUAUAUUUAUGCUUAAAUAAAAAAAACGAUGAAAUAUUCAUAUAUCAAGUUCAAUGUAAAUAUACCAAAAAAAAGAAAAAAAAAAAUGACAGCGACGCUGAUGAUAACAAUAUAAAUAAUAACAAAACAAAAAGUAAAGACAAUCAUUGUAUAAAUAAUAAUGUAGGACAUUCUUUAGAUAUAGCCGUGAAUAACAACGAACGAAAUGUAAAAAUAAAAAUGGAAAAUAAUCUAGAAAGGAAUAUAGAAAAUUAUAUGGAAGACCACAUAAAAAAAAAAAUAAAUAAACAUGAAAAUGAACAUAUUUAUCAUUCUUAUAAUUAUCCACAAAGUAUUACAAUUGAUGAAUAUCUAUCCUCGUCCUCAUCCAAAGAUAUAAAAACAAACCAUAAUAUAGAAAAAAAACAAGGUAACAUAGAAGAUAAUUAUCAUAAUUAUAAUUAUAAAAAAAAAAUAUUCAUUAAAAAAUUAUUUGAUAGCAUUAAUUGUUCAUAUGAUCUCUCAAAUAUUGAAUAUACCAAAUUACAAACAACAGAUGAUAAAACUUUAAAUUCAUUGAAACUUAUAUUACAACAAAAAAUUAAUAAAACACAAAAUACAAUAAAAACAGAACAACAAACAUAUGAACAAAAAUCUGACAUUAAUCAUGAUUCAAAUAGUGGUCAUCAACAAAUAAAUAAUUUUAUUGUAAACACAAAUAAUACAGAUACUCAAUAUUCUUUGAAAAAUAAUUUCAAUAAAAAUUACCUGACUUGUUCAGAAAAUAAUAAGGACAAAAAUAUAUGUAAGGAUGAAGAGAAAAAAUUUUCGAAUGAUAAUAAAACAGAUGAUAACGAAAUGAAAACCUUAUUUCUUUAUUUUAAUGAGCCAUCAAAUAUAUAUAUGAAUCAGUUUUCGCACAUUGACCAAAGCAAAGAACAAAAUAACGUGAAACAAAUAUCAGGGUUUUUAAAAGAUAUAAGGCACCACUAUAUACAAAAGGAACUCACCAAAAUAGGUAAAAGUUACAAAUAUAAAUCAAUAAUUCACAAAAUGAAAAAGGACGAUUUUUUUGUUAAUUUUUUGGAACAUUACGAAAGUGAUAUAAGUAUAUGUAGUAAUGAUCUUCAAUUUAGCGAUUCAGAAGUUAUAACUAAUGAUCAAGAAAUAUGUAAAAAAGAGGAGAAAAAAAAAAAAAAAAUGAACCUACUCACAAGAAAUAAUUUAAAAAUAAAAUGGAUUUUAUUAAAUUUAAAUUUGAAAAAUGAUGACGAAGCAUUAAUAAAAAAAUAUGUUAUAUGUAAAAAAGAAAAAAUUCAGAAAUUUAAAAAAUCAAAUUAUCUUUCAAAUGAAAUAUAUAAUUCUUUUUAUAAUAAUAAAAAAGAAAAUGAAAAACAUGUAAUAAAAAAUAAAGAUUCUAUAACAAAUGAAUGUGUUACAUAUGCUGAAGAUAAAAACAUAUCUUUCGAUAAAUCAUAUAUUAAUAAUACAUCUUCAAAUAAAUCUUCUAGCGAUAAAUCAUAUUCAAAUGAAUCUUGUAGUUAUCAAUCAUUUACGGAUGAUGACCAACCAUACAUUUCCAAUUCUCAUGAUAAAGAAAAAAACCAGGAAUGUUAUAACAAAAUGAAAAUAUCACAUCAUAAUAAUAUACAGAAUGAUGAAUUACAAGCAAAUGAUAAAAGUCUUAUUUUUAAUUUAGCUUUGUCUGAUAAUUCAAAAGAUAAAGAAGAAAUACAAAAAGAAACUAAUAAAAAUAUUAUGCAUGACAAAAGAAAUAUGAAGAAAACAAACCAACAAGAUAAUAACCAAAUGGAUUCUUCUACAAAUAAUUUAGCAUGUUGUCAAAUUGAUAAUAAUACUAAUAAGAAUUCUACAUUUAUUUAUAAUGGUCAAAUGUAUAUUUCAAAAGAUAUAAAUCAGGAAGUGUAUAAUGAAGAAGUAAACAUAAAUAUGAAUAGAAAAAAUAAUAACAUAAACAAUAUAUAUGAUCGUGGUAAUAAUACAAAUGAGGAAAAAGCAUAUCCUCCAAUAUCUGACGCUUCUUCAUGCUACUCAUAUAUAGAAGGAAAAAAUGAUGAUCAUGUAAACGCUGAAAAAGAAAUUUAUAUAAGUGAUACCUUAGAUAUGAAAAAUGCUAGAAAACGAAAAAUAUAUAAUGUCCAGAAUUAUUCUGACGCUCAAAAUGAAGACAAAAAAAUGAUGUAUGCGAAAAAUGAUAGCAGUGAAGAUUCGGUUAUUUAUAUGAACAAUGGUGGUAAUAAAAAUGAUGAUGAUGAUGAUGAUGGUGAUGGUGAUGGUGAUGGUGAUGAUGAUGAUGGUGAUGAUGAUGGUGAUAGUGAUGAUGACGAUGAUGGUGAUGAUGAUGAUGAUGAUGAUGGUGAUGGUGAUGAUGACGAUGAUGGUGAUGAUGAUGAUGAUGAUGAUGAUGAUAGUAAAAAAUAUAUGCAUAACCCCCAACCAUAUAACAAACAAAGUGAUUCUAUUUCUAUUAGAAACACCGAAUCUAUAAAUGAAGAAAACAUAAGUAUAAAAGGAAGUGACCCCGGAAAGGUUACAAAUUAUGUAAUAAAUAAACAAAGUUUAAAUAUCGAUUAUGUUGUUACUAAUAAGAAAAUAUCCAAUAAUAAUAAUAAUAAUAAUAAUAAUAAAAUUAAUUUGGGUAAUAAUAGUAUUUACAAUAACCCCUGUAAUGAAUAUUCAAAAAACCUAAAACAUCAUAGUAAUGAAAAAUUCACAUCAAAAGAUAAAAGUAAUGAUAAAGAUCUAAUAACUAAUCAUCAUCAAAUUAAUCAAAGUAGUAAUAAAGAAUACAAUCCAAAUAAAUCAACAAUACAUAAAAACCACAAUACAAAUGUUAUAUAUAAUAUAAAUUCAUCUGCAACAAGAUAUUUUCUUAAUCAUAAAGUUAAUACCUUAUAUGAUAUUGUAAAGGUUAUUUAUUAUAAUUAUCGAAAUUUUAAAUAUACAGAAAAAUUAAAAUUUUAUAUAACGACCUUUUUAAAUUUUUCUAAAAUAGAAAAAGCUAAAUUAGAAUUUAUGGAAAAAGAAAAACAACUAGAUACAGAAAUACUAAAACAUUACAUAAAUCAAAAAAUAUCUAACAAACAAAAUGUAUGGAAUUUAAAUAAUUAUAUUAUAGAUAAUGAUAAUAUUUUUAGAUUAAAUAAGUCUAAAUAUAUUGAUGAUUCUAUAAUAGAUUUUUUUAAUAAUUAUAUUUCUUCAUUUAUUCUAAAUAUCAAUAAAAAUUUAAACGAUACAUAUAUUUUUAAUACUUUUUUUUAUAAAAAAUUAGAAUUAUAUGACGAUGUUCUAAAAGCUUAUCUUAAUACUACUGGAUGGAUAAAAAAAUUAAACAAAAAAAUUUAUGAAUACACAUAUGUAUUUAUUCCAGUAAAUAUUGAAAAUACGCAUUGGUCUUUGGUUCUUAUAUAUUUUCCUUUUAACGAUGACGAAAAUAAAAAACGUGAUAGUUUACACAGUUUAUCAUGUUCCAAUAUCACCAAACAAACAAUAAACGAAAAUCGAAUGCACUCUCGUAAUAAUGAAGAAAAGGAAAAACAAGAAAAAAAACAAGAAAAAAAACAAGAAAAAAAACAAGAAAAAAAACAAGAAAAAAAACAAGAAAAAAAACAAGAAAAAAAACAAGAAAAAAAACAAGAAGAAGAACAAGAAGAAGAACAAGAAGAAGAACAAGAAGAAGAACAAGAUCACAAAAACAAACACAAAAACAAACAAAAUUGCUACGCUGAUGAAAAGAACAAUGAUAGUUGUAUCAUUUUAGAUAAAAAGGGGGAAAAAAAAAAUCCAUCUGAUAAAAAACAAUCAAAUGAAAUUUCUUUAAAAGGUACAAAUAAUGAUUCUAAAAAUAAAGAAAAAGGAAAUUUAAAAUCAAAGUGGUAUAUCAAGUUAAGGAACAGAUCAUAUGAUUCAUACUUUUUUAAUAGAUAUUGUAUAAAUGCAGAUAAAUUUAAUUAUGAUAUAAUAAAAGAUCGUUUCCGUAUUAUAGAUAAGAAUAUUAAUAAUGAAAUACAAAACGAUAUUUUCUGUAAUAAUCGUAUAAGUUCUAGUGACCCAGAUGAAUAUACUUUUUUAUAUUCCCAAGGAAAUUCUUGGAAUAAAAGAAAAGGAAAAGGCUCUUCAAUAAAUAGUAAUAAUGAUUACAGUGAUAAUAAUGAUUACAGUGAUAAUAAUGAUUACAGUGAUAAUAUUGAUGAUAGUAAUAAUAUUGAUGAUAGUAAUAAUAUUGAUGAUAGUGAUAAUAUUGAUGAUAGUAAUAAUAUUGAUGAUAGUGAUAAUAUUGAUGAUAGUAAUAAUAUUGAUGAUAGUGAUAAUAUUGAUGAUAGUAAUAAUAUUGAUGAUAGUAAUAAUAAUAUGAAUCAUUUCCAUAAUAAGAUUAAUAGUUUAAAUAAUAAUUUUAUACAAAACAAAAUGAAAGAGCUAAAAGAAGAAAAAUCAAAUAAACAGAACAAAGUAGCAUAUAUGAUUUAUCUAGAUUCUUUAUUUCCAUCUGUUAAAGGAAAUAAAAUUUUAGAAAAAAUAAAAAUAUAUAUUGAACAUAUAUAUAAUUCAGAUCAUAUGAACAUUAAUAAUAAAAUAGAAAUGAAACAUAACAAAAUGGAUAAUGAUAUUCCAAAAAUUGUUUUUAAAUUUAUAUAUCCUAAAGUUCUUCCUAAGCAAAAUAAUAGUUAUGAUUGUGGAAUAUAUAUUAUACAAUUUAUUUUGCAUCUAUGUUUGAAUAAACAUUUAGUAGAACGAGAUUUGAUAAAUCCUUAUAAGGAUAAAUUAAAUAAUAAUGAACUUUAUCAUAACAAAUCUAUUUUUACUACAUCUAAUAAAUAUUCGCAACAUAAUCAUAGUAAUAAUUAUGUUUAUUCAAGGCUUAGAUCCAAUAGACCUGCCCCGUGGUUUGGCCAAAGGGACAUAAAUAUAAAGAGAAAGCAAAUGAAGAAGAUGCUCUUAUAUAUGAAAGACGUUAUAAAUUGGAAAUCUCCAAACCAUAUCGAAGUUUUGAAUUUAUUAUUUUUAAUGAAUGGAGAUAAUCAAAUUAAAAAGGACAAAUAUAUAGACACUUAA